AUGUAUUAUGAACAAAUAUGGAAAGAAAUGGAAGAAAAAACAUUUAUAACACAUCAAUCUGAUUGUGAUUAUACUAGUAUUCAUUUAUAUAUUGAUAAAUAUUCAAAUAUAAAACAACUAGAAAUAUCACCAGAACAAGCAAUUAAAUUAAGACAACAAGAAGCCCAAUCAAAUAAAAAACAAAAUAAAGAGAAAAAACUGGAUGAUGGAUAUUAUCUUAUUGAAAUUUAUUCAACAGAAAUAUCUGGUUCAGAUA